UUCGACCAAUCGUGGCUCAGAAGAGGAGCGACACACCUGCAUAAAAGCAGAAUCCAGGUCAGCUGUCAUUCAGAGAGGCGCGAUGGAGAUGAUCAGUCUCUGAGCAGGAGAGAAAACUGGGCUCUCACAUCAUUUGAUCUGCACGUGUUCGGCUCUAAAGAUGGAUGACAUAUUUAACCAGAGCGGACCACCGAACCGAAGUUCGGCCGCCGAUGACAAGUUCACCUUUGAGGACAUCGACGUGAGCGCGGACGGCUCUCCCAUCCUGAGGAUUUUCAUAUCAGUGGUGUACUCAAUGGUUUGCGCUGUGGGUUUGGUUGGAAACCUGCUGGUGUUUUUCCUCAUGAGGCUGAGACAAGGUCGGAAAAGAUCCACAAUAAACGUUUUCAUCCUGAACCUGGCCGUGACGGACUUCCAGUUCGUACUGACUCUGCCCUUCUGGGCCGUGGACACCGCGCUGGACUUCAGCUGGCCGUUUGGAGACGCCAUGUGUAAGAUCAUCCUGUCGGUCACCGUCAUGAACAUGUAUGCCAGCGUCUUCUUCCUCACAGCCAUGAGCGUCACCCGCUACCUGUCCGUCGCAACCGCCCUGAAGAAGAGAUCCUACAGGAGGUCACGGUGCGUAAAGUGGGUGUGCGCGGUUCUGUGGCUGGCUGCCACUGCGGCCACGGCUCCCACCGCGGUGUUUUCCACCGUGACCGUGGUCGCCGGGGAAAAACUGUGCCUCCUCAAGUUUCCAGAGGGACACGACUGGCUCGCCCUUUACCACAUCCAAAAAAUAUUAAUAGCCUUUGUCAUCCCAAUGUUUAUCGUGUCUGUGAACUAUCUGAUGCUCCUGCGUUUCGUGAGAAGGAAGAGCAUGGGCAGCAGCAACCCUAAGCGGAGGUCCAGGGUCACCAAAUCAGUCGCCAUUGUGGUUCUGUCUUUCUUCUGCUGCUGGAUGCCCAAUCAUGCCAUCACCUUCUGGGGGGUAUUGGUCAAAUUUAACGCAGCCAACUGGGACACGUCCUACUACAUGGUGCACACCUAUGUGUUCCCGGUCACCGUGUGUUUGGCGCACACUAACAGCUGCCUGAACCCAGUCCUUUACUGUCUGAUGAGGCCGGAGAUCAGAAAGAUGCUGAGCACCUUGUUCUGGAGAGUCAACACUCCACCCCCGAGCAAAGGGUGCGCCACGCGCUCCGUUACGCACGAGGUCCAGGUAGUCGUCCCACUCCAGAUCAUAGACAACGCGGAGUACACGCUCUCCAUCAUAGACCGCAAAGGUUCCUCGAGCACUAAAAUAAUCGCCUGCAGCCGCUGAGAUUGUUUUUUAUUAAUAUUAUUCUGCUCCUGCUUUUGACAUGGUCGCUCCAAUGCGCGUAGUCUCCUGCGCUGAUGCAGACUGAAUUGGCAUUCAUGGAUAUAAUAAAUGUAAUAAACACCUCUCACAAAAAAUGUACUCAAACUGAUAAGAUUUAACCCCCGGCUCUUGUUUUGGUCCAGACUUUCUUGACGUUUUGAUGCACGUGUAAACAAAGAGAGACCAAGACAGGGACACAGUGUCCCAGCCUGGAUAAAACAAGGACAAAUAGAUGCACAAACUCUCAAAAAUCUGAAAAUAAAGACCUCAUUAAGGUUAAGAUUUUUUUUUCGUUUUGUCUUUUCUCAUGUAAAGUGCUCAUGUAAAUAAAAGGCUUUCCCAUC